AUGCGUUUCGGGAAAACGCUGAAAAACUCGAUAUACCCUCCAUGGAGCGGGAAAUACAUCGACUAUCACAAAAUCAAAGUCCUUUUGCGAGAACAGGACGUUACUGGAGAUGGCAGUGAUUCCGAAGGUUCACAAUGGACUGAGGAAGACGAGGAGGCGUUCGUGCAGGAACUGAUCAAUGUUCAGCUGGAUAAGGUCAAUGCUUUUCAGGUGAAAACAUCUCAGCAGCUCCGGGAGCGUACUUCUGCCUGUGAAGCGAAGCUGCGUCCAAUAGCGCCCACCACGGAUCAGGAAACACCUGCAAUGAACGAGGACGAAAAGAGAGCAAUUGCUUCGGAUGCUCUUCAAGAGCUGGACAACAUUACAAAGGAAGUCAAUCAUCUUGAGAAGUAUAGUCGUGUCAACUUCACUGGUUUUCUGAAAGCUGCAAAGAAGCAUGAUCGCAAGCGUGGCGCGCGGUACCGCAUCAAACCUCUACUGCAAGUGCGGCUGUCGCAACUUCCGUUCAACUCUGAAGACUAUUCUCCCCUAGUUCGCAGAUUGUCAGUGAUGUAUUCGUUUGUUCGUGAAGUCCUCAACCAUGGCGCCGUCCGUCCUGAAGAGCUUGGAGAGCCUCGUUUCGGUCAUGAUGCCUAUUCGUCGUUCAAAUUCUGGGUUCAUGCGGAUAACAUCCUUGAAGUCAAGACCUACAUUCUUCGACAAUUGCCAGUUCUUAUUUACAAUCCUGGUAAUUCCAAAGAGCUGGACAUGUUGACUGAAGACCCUACGAUCACAUCUCUCUAUUUCGACAACCCUCGGUUCGACCUGUACAAUCAAAAAGUCCUCAAGGAACCGGAGGCUGGGUCCCUCAGAUUGCGUUGGACUGGACAUCUAGAGGACAAGCCGCCUAUCUACUUGGAGAAGAAAAUUGUUACCGAUGAAGAUCGAAGUAGAGAAGUGAAGGUACAAUUAAAACAGAAACACGUUCAAGAAUUUCUCAUUGGCGAAUAUCGGUUUGAUAAGAAGGUUCAUCGGAUGGAGGAUAAGGGCAAUAGAGAGUCCGCAGAGGCUGAUUCGCUUAAAAAGGACGUGGAGGAACUGCAAUCUUUCGUCAAGGAGCAUGAUUUGCAGCCAAUGCUUCGGGCCAACUACACUCGCACGGCAUUCCAGAUUCCUGGUGACGACCGGAUUCGUAUCUCGCUUGAUACAGACCUGGCUUUGAUACGGGAAGACUCGCUUGAUGACGAGCGUCCCUGCCGAAACCCAGACCAGUGGCAUCGCUCCGAGAUUGACAUGAACCGGAUGGAAUAUCCCUUCGACGCAAUCAGGACUGGAGAGGUUUCUCGCUUCCCGCACGCGCUGCUGGAAAUCAAGCUUCGAGGAAAUGCACUUAAUGCCGAGUGGGUGCAUGAUCUGAUGUAUUCUCAUCUGGUUAAGGAAGCUCCUCGAUUUUCCAAGUUUGUCCACGGAGUUGCACAAUUAUUCGAAGACAAUGUCAACAACUUUCCCUUCUGGCUGGGUGAGCUGGAGAAUGACAUCCGACGGGAUCCCGAAACCGCCUUCCACCAAGAACAAGAACGGCUUGCGAAGCGGGCCGAAGACGACAUCGCAGUUGGAAGCUUCCUGGGGGGUAGCAACAAAAUGAGUCCGAGAAUCAGAGCUUCUGUGGGUUCACCAGGGGCAAGGUUCAGCGACAUUGGCUCUCCACGAGCCAGCAGACCUUCCCAGGCUGUGCCAUCAUCGCCCAAGGCCUCAGCUGCCCAGCAUGAACCUCCCCAUCAGGAACUGCCACCACCGGCACAGGAGGAAGAAGAGCCAGCUGAAACGGACAGAUUGGACGGCCAACCUUCAACAACAACGAUGGCCCGCCUAGCUUCUCUCUUCCCCUCGUUUCCCAUCUCCCGCUCAAGCCGCACCUUCCAUGAUUCUGCUCCCUUACCUCCGGGCGUCCAAGAUCCUGGCAUAUGGAUCAAAGACUCCGGCCCUGUGCGCGUCGAAAGCAAAGUCUGGCUCGCCAACCAACGUACUUUUAUCAAAUGGCUGCACAUCAGUAUCCUCCUCUCCUCGCUCUCGUUGGGUCUCUACAACGCAGCUGGUAAGAAAAACGACGUGGCGCGGGCGCUGUCCAUCGUGUACACGGCGUUUGCGCUGUUCUCGGCUGGUUGGGGAUGGUAUAUGUAUGAAAAGCGGGCAAGGCUUAUUCGACAGCGGAGUGGGAAGGAUUUGGAUAAUCUUUUCGGGCCGGUUGUGAGCAAUACCAGCAUGACCAACUUUACUAUCCAGAUUAUCUCCGACACUGUGUGUCCGUGGUGCUACGUAGGCUACCGUCGCCUAACCCGCGCAAUUGCAUCCCACAAAACCUCCCACCCCUCCGACACCUUCACCCUUUCCUGGCAAGCCUUCUACCUCAACCCCUCCGCAGCCGCAUAUCCCGGCGUUGACAAACACCAACACUACUCCUCAAAGUUCGGCAAGGAGCGCGUCUCGAGCCUCUUUGGCCGACUAGCAGCCGCUGGGGAAGACGAUGGGAUUAAGUUCCGGUUUGGGGGGAGGACAGGGAAUACGAGGGAUUCGCAUCGGGUGAUUUGGUAUGCGGGACAGCUUGACAAGGGAAGAGAGAAGAGGGGGCUGGCGACAAGGGUGGUGGAGGAGUUAUUCAAGGCGUAUUUUGAGGAGGAGAGGAAUAUCACUGAUCGGGAGGUGUUGGCGGAUGCGGCUGUGAAGGUUGGGAUUGAGAAAGAUGAGAUUGUGAAGCUGCUGGAGUCUGGUGAGGGUGGUGCUGAGGUUGAUGAGGAAGCUGAGCGGGCGAGACGAAGGCUGGUGACUGGUGUGCCAUACUUUACGGUGCAAGGGCACUAUGCCAUUGGAGGUGCUGAGGAGCCGGAUGUCUUCUUGGAGGUAUUUGGCCGAGUUAAGGAGGAGGAGAAGUAG